ACUUUUAGUUGUCAGUCAGUCAGUAGUCAUCUGUCUCUUUGAAAGUAUAAAGUUGUAAACAAAGUACACAACAUAACCUCUAUUUUCUUCGAAUCUUGUGGUCUAUUUUGAAGCUAAAGCAUCAUAAAACAUGAUCUUAAAUUAAUAUCGUUGAGUUGUAUCUUUACUGAAAAGCCACCGAUUAAUUUACUGUACACUGUGACUUCAUUUUUGAUAGAAAAAUGUCGCAUCAGAUGGGAAGAGUUGUUUCGGCAAUUUUAGAAAGACAUUUUGGUGAAAUUGUGCAGAAAGUGGGUGAUGACUUAUUUAGUUAUGGCAGUAGACCCAUCAGCAUGAUUGUGAGGAAUACAGGACUUCCACGAAACCAGGUGAUAGACAGUCUUCGCACACUCCUCAAGUUUGACUUGGCGACAUUUGAACCAUACAAUGACGUGAUCGUGGACUACAAGCUACUCCCUGACAAUGUGCUGCUACUCAUUAGAUACCCCAGAUACUUGCUACAAAUGAAGAGCAAGUACGGGAGCGAGGCGGAGCUGCUGGUUGAAGAGUUACUGCAGCAGGCCACCUGCACAGCCACCACACUACUCUUCAAUAUUGCCACUAAGUUUAAAGACGAUAAGGAAAAGAGUAUAACAAUAUUAGGUCUGAAAGACAUGUUCAUAAGUUUGGUGACUGCGGGCUACAUUCAGCAGGCGCCUGUAGCUGAGUUGAAGGAAGGUAGUGAGAUCCCAACCCUGGUGCCUGUGGCCACCAUCGUGCCUGACCUAGACAGUAGAGCUUUAGUCCAAGCCAUGAACAACGGACACAUCAAUGAUAUUAAAGAUAAUAUUUAUUGGAGAGUGAACUACGACAGAUUCCACCUCGACUUCAGGGAUGAGAUCAUGAUUAAAGCUAUCACUAGGAGAAUUGACGAAAAUGCUGGAGAAUUGAUGAGGUUUCUACUGGAGAAGAUGUACCUGACGUCAGCUCCGUGGGCGCCGGAGUCGAGUCCCCUGUGCGCGGUGGAGCUGCGCGAGCGCUGCAGGAGCGCCGCCACCGACAAACCGCUGCUGCACCAGUUUGUGGACCAGUAUCUUAAAGUAUUAGAGGAGAACGGCGGUGGUUUCGUCCGUCGCGUGGGCGACGCGGGCAGCGGUCAGUUCACGGUGCGGUCGCGGCACGCCGCGCUGCAGCUCGUGCUCUGCGCGCUGGAGCACUGCGUCACCGAGAGACUCGGCUCCAAGGCCGCUAGGAUAUUUAGGUUAAUAUACACAAAGAAGUACAUAGAAGAAGAUGACAUACAGAAGAAUGCUAUGUUAGUGAACAAGGAAUGCAAGCAGCUCACAUACAAACUGAUGGAGGAACACUUCAUCAGUGUACAGCCAAUGAGAAAACCGGCUUCAGCGGGCGGUAUGGCGAAAGCGAUAUAUCUAUACCAUGUCAAGUUACACAGUGUGGCGUAUACAGGUUUAGAGAUGUGUUACCGUUCCCUGCACAACGUACUGCGUCGCGCCGCCCACGAGCGCAGCGCGCAUGCGCGGCUGGUGGACAAGCAGCGCCGCGUGCGCACCAUAGUGCACGGCAUGCGACUGCGCGGGGAGACGCAGCGGAAUAUUGAUGAUGUGGAAGAAACUCUAACUCCCCCUGAGCUGGCCGUACUACAGGGCGUUGAAAAGAGGUUGAAACAGCUGAGCACAGCAGAAUUAGAACUAGAUAGAAAUCUCUUUAUAUUCAAAUGGUAUUUCAUGUAUCCAUAUGUUGAAUAAGUAUAGUUAUCUCAGAUAAAGACUGCUAACGGUCGUUUUCAGUAACCUAUCUAGCUGUAGAAUCGGUAACUAAAGAUAGAAUUCUGACAUUAGUUUCAUUUUAAGUAUGAGAUAAUUAAAUCCCUUAAAUUCCUAACCCGCAAAAGGCUGGCAACGCACUUGUAACGCCUUUGGUGUUUCGGGUUUCCAUAGGCGGCAGCGAUUGCUUACCAUCAGGUGAUCUGUCAGCUCGUUUACCGGCUUAUAACAUAAAAAAGCAAAUGGUGCCAAAAGAAUCUAGUUAGCGAGUCUACAGCUAAUAAGUUAUUGAAAAUAUCCGUAUAUAUAUCUAUCAAUUCAUAAAUUGUAAUGGCUGCGAAAUGUCUUGACGAUUGCUUUUAAGAGGGAAGACUAAACUUGUAAAAAGUGGUUCAUUUCUGUGCUAACUAUGGAUUCUUUGUGUUUUUUCUUUGGUUUAUGUGACUUGCUUGGUAUUUCUGAUAAAAAAACUAUGCAUAGAAAAUAACUAUCAGUAUCAUUCUUUCAAAAUGUUAUUCAGUUUUAUUUCAAUAGUGACUUUAAAAUAAAAUUUCAUGUUCAAAUCUGAAAAGUCUUCCAGUGUGCUUGUAUGUGAGUUUAACUGCCGUAUUCAGAGACAUUUAAUGAUUACUUAGUAAUGAUUUUGUACGGGAAACAAUGACUAGGGAUUGGCCUAAGUAACCAUUAAAUGACUGAGUACAGCGGUAAAUGUUAAAAUAUUGUACAUACAUAAUUAUAAUUAUGAAUUAGUUGUAAGGGAAAUGAAUAAAGAAAUAAGUCAUAAAUAUGUUCUUAAAAUUUUAUUUGACCCCAUUGAAACUCAAUAGUUGUUCAAAGUGUACAACCUAUUCCUUCGAUUCGAUUUAUUACAAAACGUCUGAGUUCUAACCAAGUUACUGUCACACGUAAUUUGAACAAAAUGGCGUAUAAUUUGAAGCGAACGUUUUCUACUAUCUCAUUGCGAACAAUGAAAACUUGUGUAAAUAGAAAUAGGUUAUAGUGAGUUCACCGAGGUAUAGUAUAAAUAAGAUAAUAAACCUUUAAUUUUGCUAUAAAAAAAACUAAGCCACAAAAAAUAAAACGAUUAAGUUCAUGUUUUAGCGUGGGCACUGGCUUGUGCUUGCUCUCAUAUCCUCUUGUGGGAGAAAAUAAUAGUAUUUUUAACACAAAGAACAACAUACACGUGUUACCUAUUUACUUUGUUAUACACUGUUCUCAUUGCCAAACUUUUGUAUUGUAUUUCUAGAUUUAUUUGUCUAAAAAUAACAUCUCAAUCACACCCAGUACACUGUCUUAGAAUGGAUAACUCCCUAGAUAAAAAUGACCAAAAUUUCAUUAUACUUUGGUAUAAAAUUCUGUAAGAAAAAUAAAAUAUUAAAUGUAGAUCUAAUAUUGCACAAAUUGUCACUAACCCCAACAAAAUAUCUCGGUGAACUCAACUAUAAAACACUUGGAAAGAAAACGACAAUCAACAUUGUUAUAAUUAUGAAUUAAUAUUAACAAGUAUAUAGAUUAUGUACGUACGUUAAACACCUGUUAUACAGUGACAUCUAAUAUUUUAUUAUUUAUUUAUUUCAGACAUCAACACUGCGGGUGCUGGCAAAGAUUGUUAGAAAUAAUAAAUACAUAUAUUUCACUACAAAACUUUAAAUUUUCUUAAUAGAAAAUAUUAUUGUAGUACAAUGAAACAUUCUUUCAUCAUUCGUUACAUAUAUAUGUUGUAUUUUUCGGUUUUCUUUCGUAAUUAGGCCUCUCCCAUGUUCUACAAUCGUAAUGAAAUUAAUUUCUCCAGUAAUAUAUAAAGAAAUCUCUGCCAGCACCCCCGUGUCGCCUCGUAAAGAUAAUUAUCCACUUCAAGCUAAAUUAGUUAUAUACUAGAUUUGUCUAAAUUAAAAAGUUGUUGAAUAUUUACACGCCUUGACUCGACUUGAUGUCUCGUUAUAACGGAAAAGUAAAUAAAUUUUCUUUAUAAUGCGCUAGAUAUUAAAUUAAUGUACUACUACAUAUAUUGUGUAUUAGAAAAAUGCUUUCUGAUUUUAGUUAAGAUGUUAUUCAAUCAUAAUUAUAUACAAUCAUUUGUAUGUAUUUUGCUAGACAGAGAACUCGCUUGAAUAUUUAAUUUAGAUAUUUAAAUAAUCUCUUUGACG